GGAGAAAGCUAACAAACGUUUAUAUAAAUAUAUAAAUAUAUAUGAGAGCAACUGUAUAUAUCUUUACUUAUUAGUUUCUUUCUACAGAUGGAGCCAAAUGAGACAUUUCUUUUGGCGCGCGAGCGCCCUGCCCAAGCACUUCUUACUGAGCAGCCUCCACGCCGUGUAGCGCAUUUGCAUUUACGCCCUGCUCUGACGGAGGAUGAGAUGCGGCGUGCGGAGCACGCCCAACGCCGCGUUACGUGGAAUGCAAAUGUUAGGGAGUUUCCGAACCAACGUGUUAGCAAAAGCUGCUGUAUUUUUCAUAAAAAAAAGCUCUUCGGCGAAAGUAGCAGUAGUAGCAGUAGUUGCAGCAGUAGCGAUAGCGAAAUCCUCCCGGGUGAAGGCGAAGCGGAUAGGGGGUUUCCACCUCACGAGCCGACGUUACCCAAAGCGAGUAAUGACGAUCCCAGCAAAAGUGGUGGUUUAGGCGAAACCAAUGACAACAGCAACGCAGGUGGAUGCGGACACUCGCAUGGUGGUGGAAAACGUCAUCACCCUAAGUGUACCAAAGAGCACUGCUAUUGCGGAACUCGUUUCCAUUAAAAAAUAUAAAAACACCACAGAAUACCAGCAAAAAAAAAAGGAAAUAAAGGAUGCUUUGUAUCGGUUCUAUCUUCGAACGUUAUAGUUCUUUUCCUUUUACAGAUUGCAUUGAGAGGGAGGUAGACCUAUGGAAAGGGCUCCCGUAGGGAAAAUUUUUUGUUUUAUUUUCCAUGUUUCCACCUUAAAUUAAAAGUUUAUUGAUAUAUCUGCAUUGUAUUCUUCCAGACUAUAUCUGCUACAAAAGUCUUUGAGAAGAUUAAUUGUGCUGACAUAACUUUCU